AUGGAGCAGGUAGGAUGUUUUGAUGUUAGCUCGAAAGCUAAGAUGGUACCCGUGUUUCCCGGAGAAGUACCUUUGUGUCCUUGUUUCUUUGCUCAGGAUUGUAUCACUGGUCUGUACCGAUCCCUGGGUUUGUCUGUCGGUGCAGAGUUUUCCUCUGAAGAUGUGAGUCGCCUCUUCAGUAAAGUAUUUCAUGUUUCCUCAAACACUGAUGAAGCAAGUGUGGCCAUGGAGAAGGUAAAUGUAUUUUGAAAUAAAGACAUUUUUGAAUGCACGUGGAAAACUGACAUGUACCUGUAAGGUGUUUGGUUGUGUUCAGAUUGCAGGAGAUGAUAGUAGCUGGUGUUGUGUGGGUGAAAAUGUGUUGGAGGUUGUCCUUGAAAUGGAAAGGGAAAGAGAAAAGAAGGACAAGGUACAGUAGUCACUGUUUUUUUAAAUUAAAGCAUAAAAUGUUAGAAAUCAAAAGUUUGUCUAGUCCUCAUUUCUAAAAGCAAGUAUCUUCUUCCUUAGCUUUACUGGGACCUCCAGCUGCUAAAUAUUGGAAAUCUCAAUCCUCCCUACGCAACAGAUGAGCCAGUAAUAAAUAAUCCGCAUAUAAGAAAUACUUUAAACCAAAGCAGUGAGGCAAUUAAUCUCAGAAAAGCUCACAACCGCCCAAAAUUCAUUUCUCUCCACCCUGGUACCAGUCCACAGGUAUGUGCUUUCAGUGUGGCACCUUUUACUCUGCCCCAAGGCGGUAUCUCUUUUCAUUAUUAUAUGUUUACCCUCCACAUACAGAGGGAGAGACUAAUUGGAAAUAAAGAGCUGUGUCACAGUGUGAGAGUUGUGAGGAAAUUGAAGAAGGCAGCAGGGCAGAGCUGGAUGAGGUGAGUAUCUAAAAUGUAGGAAGUAAAAAUAAAUAAAAUAUUACUCCAAGGUUAAGGCAACAAACUUAAAUUUUGAUGCAGAACUUUUUAUCAUUAAUUUUCAUUUACUGGGUGCUUUCAGGAUUUAGUUUCAUUGGAUAUAAUACUAUGUGCUAUAUAAAUAUUGCUUUAUAUAGCACUUAAAGGGCUAUAUAAACGAAUUUAUCAUCAUUAUUAUUAUAAUUAUGUCCAAGGAGCAUCCUGAUUUUUUUUGGAUUGGGUCAGAGCUGGUUAGGGACUCAACUGAGGCUGCAAGAGUGUCAAGAACACAAGUGAAAAGCAUUCGUUUACCCUGUCUAUCUCUACUCAUUUAAAUUAUUGAAGGAUUUUGAGGAGGUCCCUGGGGUGGCUUAUAAGAUCUUAAGGGUGGUCCACACCACCCCUAUGGAUCUUCCCCCUAGAACCGAUACAGUUAGGCACCAUAACAAUUGUUUUCGUUAUUGCCACAUUGCUCAUUUAAUAAUUAGCACUCUUACCUAUGAUACAUAAGGCAAUUUGCAUUUUCUCACUAAUACCUUACCUCCCACUGAAGUACAAUUUGAAAGUGAACAAGUGUACAUAACAUAACAUAACAUAACAUAACAUAACAUAACAUAACAUAAAACAUAACCAGGCAGAGCAGCUUCUACUGUGGCGACAAAACAAAAAUAUGAUCAAUGUUACAGUGCCCUGUUCUAAGAGCCUCUAAAUCCAGUGAACUGAGUUUGCCAUGGGUGUAAUGCAGAGACCCAGCCAAGAAUGCUGACAUAAUCCACAGCAAAACCCCAGUCCAAAUCACUCUGGGCACACUGAUCAGUUGUUUUGCAGUGUCAUUGUGAGUGAGUGAAAAAAAAUGCACGCUAUUUUUUAAUACCAGUUCAAGAUACAUUACCUAUCACUUUAACCAGUUGAUACACACAUAGAUGUAAUCUUACAACUUAUCCUCAAUACAAAAACUGCCUUUUUUUCAGUAUUUUUUCUGUUAAUACUGAUUCUGCUUGUCCUUUCAGAUUGGUAUCAGAGGGUGUGCAAAGUAUAUUGGCCUGCCCCAUGCAGGAUGAAAGCUUAGGGGUAGGGUGCCAAGUAUGGGGAUGUGUCUCCCUGUCAGAUGUUCUCCUCUUGGUGGAAGUGAAGUAUGAUGUAGUGACCCACCUGCUUUAUACAGAAAUGCUCCAGGAGCAUUUCAGUAAGAACCACAAAAUGACACAGAAAAAUAUCACUCCAAAUACAACUGUAGUGGCAUAAUACAGCCUGGUUCAGGUGUUUAACUGUCAUGUUUUCUUCAUUUUUUACCUAUUUUGUUGUUCCAAAGCACCGAGCAUCUGGGGGACCCUAAUGCCAUGGCAACAACAGCAGGAAGAGGAGGAGCUGGAAUAUCUUGCAGAAAAGGCUUUGGAGUCAGGUGACAUGCUCUCUUUGGCUGAACUGCCUGGAGCUUUUAGAAUAUACAGGUGGGUUAAAAGUGAAAGGUGAUAUAUGAAGUAAGUACUCUCCUUCGUUAUAAAAAAAAUGGUGUUUUCUUUUUCAAACACGAACCAUCAUUUUUCUCUAUAAAGGAAUGAAAGAGAAUUACUUAAAUAAAAGUUAUUCUCUUGCAGGACUGAUAUGGGACCAUCUUUUACAAGCCACUCAGAGACCAGGGCAGCAUCUUGGUCUGCUGUUUCAUUCCUGCAUGAGUUAAAGACGCUUCGUCAACAAGAAAAGGACUCACUGGUAGUCCUGGGCCAGAGGUAUGGACUUCUUAAACAUUUUGCUUAGAGUUUGCACUAAUUUUAACUGCUGCAAUGUCAGCAUGUAAGAAAAAACAACAUAAUUUGAGAGAAUUUGUGUAAUCUUGCUCAACAUGGUAUUGUUUGCACUUUCAUAUUUGUUUAGAUUGACACACAUUAGCUUAUAAAGGAAUAUAAACAAUUAUCUGAUGAGUUUAUUUAUUUAUCUUUUGACCCUAGGCUGGACAGGGAGGACCUGAGACUGGUGUGUUUGUACAUCAGACUGGCAAUUCUCAAAGCUCAGAGAGAAAGUGUAUCCUACAAUGCUUUUCUAGCAGCUCAGCACUCCUGGGAGGCAUGGUGAGCCAACAAACACUGAGAGGAAGUAAUCCUUGAUGUACCCACUAUUAUAAGGUCUAUAUUAAAGCUGUCCAAUGUUUAUCUGUACAGGCCACAUGUGAGGAGUCCAUGCAGAGCUGAGCAGGCAGCCCUGUGGCUCCACAGUGGAGAGGAAGAGCAAAAGGAAAACUUCAUCCCAGCAUCACCACAGCAGGUGUUGUAAACGGGAUUAUGGGCCACUGAUUAUGUGCCAUAGCCAAUGCUCUCAAUUGUUACUUGACUUAUAUUUUUGGUAGAGUAAUAUACCUUAUUGGGUAACCAGUAAUAAGAACCUCUCCUGUAGUUUACUACUCUGACCCUGGCCCUGCAGGCAGUGCUGCAGCUGCUGGUGCUGACUCAGGAGCAGGAGAGGAAACACCUCAUCAAGUUGAUACAAGGGGUCUCCAGAGGGGAUUUGCAGGAACCAGGCUGCACAAUACCACACAAAGGGGGUGAAUUGAUAUUUUCUCCCAUUCUGCUGCAUCUUUUUUGAAAGUAGUUGUCAUAUAUCCUGUCUUCUUUUCUUUUCAGAAAGUGUUGAGCAAACUGCUCUAAGAAACAGCUGUAUAACAAGGCUGAAGCAGGUUUAUACUGACCUACAAACACAAACAAACCCUCAGCCACAACGCCAGCCUGAACUCCAAAUGGACCACAUGAGCAGUGAAUUAGAAAUGUGGUCCAAACAUCAACUAGAGGAUUGUUGCCUGCUCCUCUUAACCAAAGUGAUGGAGCUCCAGGAAGUCCAAGUGUCUAAACUCCUACCUGCAUUAAUGGACAAGGCAAGUCAAAACAGUCAUAAUCAAAAGAUUCAUAAAAACAGGACAGAUCAGCACAGGAUUCUGACAUUUUGAUUUGCUUCUUUUAGAGCGCACAGAGUGCCCAAGCCUUGCAAAACAAGCUUGAAUCCACACUUCAUGCCCACUGCUUCACUCUCAAACUCCUGGUCUCAGAAGCCCCUUCACCCAAUCCAAAAUCAAACCAAGUUGAAAAAGACACAAAUGAGCAAAUCCCAGCUUUAGCCAGCUGCAGCCGACCAGUCGAUGCCCAGACCAGCAGUGGUGGGUCAGUCGAAGCUCUGACGGUUGAUCCAAUCAGAAGGGGCAGCAGGGAAUUAUGUGCAGAUCAAGCUGUAGAUGACGCCAACAAACAGGACGUCUGUGCAGGUAAUGCACACACAGACAAAAGCUGCAUUUCCACUGAAUUUGCCUUGGACUUUUUUUGUUUCAUUAGCCUCUUUUAGAAGAGGUUACUCUAGCCUAAGCAGACUAUUGAAAGUGUCCCUUGAUCAGAAACAUUCAAUGCUGCAACCCCCCUAUAUUAAAAGGUACCACCCUGGCAGGAGCUUUAUUUUGACCCUGAUACUUUCAGUUGAAAAAUGCAUUUAGUACCUCUUUGUGGUCCUUGUACCUGAGGGAAGCUCCAACAGUGAAAACCCUAAAAGCUUCUUUAACAAUACAUUCCUCCAGGUUGUGAAGCGAUGAUGGAGGACCUUCCCUACCUGGAGAUCUUGUGUGUAUCAGAUGGGAAUAGUAAACCUGAUCAUACUGCAGAGGAAGAGGUCAAGGAGGAAGAUGAAAAGGCCAGCGCACUGAAGAGCACUCAAAACUUGGAGAAACAGGGCUCACUGAUCACCCUUGCUUGGAGUAAACUUCCAGAUGAUGACACUGACUGUGAGGCUGAGGCUGUAGAUGGAUUUGCAGGACAGAACCAAGAUGCUGAGAGCAGUUUGAAAACCCAAGACCAUCAGAGUCAUGUAGAAGACCAGUCUGAUGAGACCUCCAGAGAACGGGACAGAAUGAUUCAGUCUGCUUCCAUGAAUCAUCGUGAUGAACAGGUACUCUAUUGUGCCCGUUACACCUUGUAUCACUAUGUCUUUAAUCUGAUUUCUUUUACCUCUAUGAUCUCAUUAGGUGACCUCUGAUGAGAGAGCAUUAGCUAAUCCAUCGGAUCAGGGAGAAGGUGUUUCUCAAACUGGCCUGCAAGCUCAUCAUUACAUUGACCCUUCUAUGAUUGAGCAGCUCCCCUUUAACCUCUGCUCUACACCCACUAAUGAGACGGACACUGUGGACAGAUCAGUGGCUGAGGUGGAAAUGUGUCCUGCUGAAACAGAGUCAGAAGAACUGUGGGACUUGAAAGGAACAGAACUUGUUUACGCUGAAGACCAAAACUAUGAUUCACCAGCCACAGUAAGUCUACAGUGACAUACUUGUACAGCUAUGAUUUGGGGCCAAAGUUCUCAGCAUUUCCACUUAGCUGCUGUUUUCAAUUGUAAAGGCUGACGAUGGCCCUGCCAUGAAAGAGAAAAAAAGAGAUCCCUCGCUGAUAGAGAGAGAGCAAGCAACAGAACCGGUCUCAGCAGUGGAGCGUGAGAGGACAAUGAGAAAUUUGGUGGACAUGCAAAGAAAAGUGGAACAGAAGCAGCAGAGGGACAGAGAGAGACAACUUCUUCGGGUAAGGAAAAGGGCUGUCAAUGGGUAGGCCUCAACAUCAACAACAAAAAACAGUGGAUAAAAGAGGCAAACAGAUGGCGGUAAGAAAGAGACAGUGGUGGCAUGUUGGCCUAACAAGUGUUUGUUUCCAGGUUCAGGAGCGUCUGUCCAUCAUCCAAAACAGAAAGGCAGACGAAGACCUGCUAGGCCUUAAGAGCACAGACAGACUGAAACACCUCACACAAGAUCUACCACAGGUAAAACAUGAUAUCUGCAGAAAAUCAGGCAGCAAGAUUUUGUUCUUAAGUUUUGUCACACCAACAAAACAAUGUUUUUUUAGGAGGAUAAGAAUCAACAAAAGACUGUUGUCAAAGAGCGGCUGGAGCAGCUGAGGAGAGAGCGCUCCUAUAUCAUGCAGUCCAAAAGAGAAAGGUAAGAGACGGCUUUAAAUUUCACAUGAAAACCAAAUUCAUGGUGACCACCUUGCUCCCAUUCCCUUUUAAUCUCUUAGGAAUACUGCAGGAUUUAAGGAGCUGCUGGGUCCAGUCACUCUCCGAAGAAGAGAACCAGAUGACGGAGCAGACUGA